AAAAGAACAUAAAUGAGCAAUUCACUUUUGCGUUCCUUACGACUCCUUAUUUUAUACCUUAUUGCGACAGCUGCCAGAAAUGGUGUCUUUGGAGGAAUUGCCGACAGAACUCCACUGCUCCAUCGUCCGGCUGCUCGACCCCAUCAGUCUCAUUGCGAUCAGCCAAGCCAGCACCCAUUUCCGUUGCCUUAUCGAACCGAAGCAGAAACAUUUUGUAGAAAGACUGCUGGCUCUCGAAAGUUUGGACAAGUACGGUGGACCUUCUCCCGUUUUUCGCUCGCGAGACAAUCACCUCAGCCCAGGAUGGGAUGGAAAAGAAUGGAGUACGAUACGCUGGGCAUGCACUGAUUGUCUCCGCCUCCUUCCCCAUCAGUACUUCGACAACCAUUCUGUCCUACGACUCGGUUAUCGGAAGCUAAUUCCCGGCUCUUUGGCUUCCAUGGCGAUUACUAGUUGGGAGCCUGAUGGGCACAUACGCCGACUGAGACGUCAUCUGCGGAAUGGUGAGACCCAAGCGGCCUCGUUGAGCGAAAAGACGCUCCGGAAACGAUACUUCGUUUGUGUCACGGCCGGCGAAGGUUCGCAGGGCUUCGUUGGUGUCACCUCGGCGACCACACUCGAGCUCUACAAAAGGUGUGGAAUCAGUGAAUUUGAGGGGAUGAGCCUGGCGGAAUUCGAGAAGGUCACAACAGCCCAUAAACUACAAAUAUUCGACAAAAACGCACUGGCUAUCGAACUUGAGCGCUGCGGCAAUAAGCGCCGCCUACGAAGGUGCAAUGAGUGUCGAUAUCUCCGAGGACAGUUGAAGCCGAGGGCCAAUGGAUACGGCGGUACCUCUAAAUUGCCAAUAGUUCCCAGCCGACAAGUUGCAUUCGCAAACCACUUGGAUCGAUGGUUCCCAGGAUUCUCAAACUGGUUGGAAAGCAAGCGUCCUACGGUCGCACUACCAUUGUUCCGAAUUUAUCGUAAAAAUGCCUACGAUCAGCCUUGGACUUUGUAUAUGGUGCGCUGCCCUGGAUGUGCCUGCUGGAAAGAAAUCCGGGACUUUCGAUUCGGCGGGAUAUAUCCGCAUUGGAAACCUGUCACAGCCACGGGUACCCGAGGUGGAAGCCAAACUUGGGACAGCAGGGACAUCACCGAGUCGCUUCUGAACGAAUCGAGGUGUAAUCGCUGUUUUGCGCGGGAGAAUGGCCGCCAAUGUCUGAACAAAGUGCUUCUCGACUGGAUCCAACAUCUCAUCCGUAUCCAACUCGCCGUGCUCUCCCAUCAACUAAACAGCGGCUGGGGUAAAUUGAGCACCGUACGAGCUGGAGCACCCCAGGAAUACAACAGCGAGAUAAAGCACAUCCUGAGGCAUAUGCCCUGCUCUCGCCUGGGCAUCUUUGACAUAGUUAGUUAUGCCGACGUAGCGCUGCUUAGGCUUGGUCAAACGCAGUGGAAGGAUCUUUGGGAAAGGACGAAGCGACAGGGCGACACUGGCUGGGCCGGUGAGGAUAUGGACGCAUGGUGUGAGGAGUGGAUUCGUGAAUUUGACGACACGGAGGCGCACUGGCGAUGGCUGAUGGCAUGUAGGGACGAGCUCGAGGAAAGUGCUGGGGUUUUGGCGGAGUGGGCACUGAGUAGGGAUGGCGACGCAUUUGCUUAGGUGUUGUAAAAGCUCGUAUCGUUACGGAUGAUCAGGAACGUCGGCAAGCUGCCAACUCUGUACUCAGUGUUAGUUGCAAUGGUCUUUCGGUGGUCAUGGAGUCUCAAGCUGCCUGCGAAACAACAUCCGUAGAAUUAAAAAAAAAAUGGGAGAUAUCUUAGC